AAAAUUGUAAAUCCAGUCCAAAUAACUAAAAUUCGGAUUUUCCGUUUCCGGUUUCGCUUAUAAUGUUUUUAUUUGGCAAUCGAAUUAUACUCAUUAUUCUAAUAAUUCUAAAGACUUAAAUUUAACCAAUUUAUUAAUGACAAAUGUACUUAUAACUCUGCUAUGAUUUAAAUAUGACAUUAUAUUCUUGGAAGAACUCGUCCACCAAAAAAAAAAGUGGUUUGUAACUAUCCCUGAUAUCGUGACUGAUUUUUUUUUAUUUUUACGACUGUCGACUGAUUCUUUUAUUAUUAUUUCUUUAUUAAUCUUUUUACUUAAAUUAUGAUCUUACACUUUAGACCGUCUUACUCAUCUGUCAUCUCAUGCAUAAAGUAAUUUAAUUGACUUAAUUUUAUUUAAGCUUACACUUAGUUUCUUAGUAAGGUUUGCUACCCUUGCCUUAGUCAUUAGUCUUAAAAUUAAAACUGGACCCUAAGUCCUAAGCCUAAGGCGCCUAAGCCUAAAUUCACUAAAUGACAAAUCCUAAAAAUAAAUAUUUUUAUUUUAAUUGCUGAUUGAUUUGUAAAAUAAAUAAUAGUCUAUAGUUUAUAGUCUGCCAAGUCACUACAUUGUUUACGAUGCUAGUCUGAAACUGGAGCAGUGCUGAAUGAAGGCCUGUAAACUUUAGGUUGGGGGGGGGGGGGCUUUGCCGGCUUUGGCUUUAUUAAGUUUUGGCUUUUUAACCAGUUGAAAUUGUUCAUCCCCAGUGGAGUUCCUAGAGGGUUGAAGAAUGGGUGACUUCCUGAAUGGCAUUUUUGGAUUUAUUAGUCACUUUUGAUAUCCCCCUGGGACACCUGAAAAUCAGGUUUCGCAAAUUCAUAGUCUAAAUGGCAACCUCCUCUACAAGGGUAUUAUUUUGCCCUUUUUAUAACCAAUUAUUAGCAUAAAAAUACAUUUACACCCAUCUAUUAAUUAAAGCAGACAUCUUGAAUGUUCAAUUUAGAAUUUAGUUGAAUUUUUUUUCGAGGUUAAAGCUAUGAUAAUUGAAAUUAAAAAUAGCUAAACUGAACUCAUCAAUAGCUUUUUUUUUUUUAAACUGCUCAGUUAUUUAAAAAAACAAAAAAAUUUGUAAAUUUACUACUAAUAUGUCAUCUAUAACUUUUGCAAAAGUCAUGAGUGUAGACCAUCACCUAAGAUAAUAUAAGAUACGAUUCUUUUUUGAUCCAACAAAUGGAUUUUUUUUUUAUUACAUUGUACACAUUCAUUUUCAGCACAAAAAUAAAUACAUAUUUAAACCAAGACAACAUUUUACAAUUAUAAAUUAUAAACAUUUAAAUACCAGACAUCUAAAUUAUUUAUCGAGCGUAGAAAUCAGCCAUAAAUGAACACCUUUAGUAAAAAUAAUGACUAAAUUAAUGAUCAUUUAGAUUUGGUAACUGAUGGGGGAGCAUGUUAUUAAAUUCGUAAAGACUGGGGAACAAAAUAAUUUUUAUAUUUUUUGGUAAUAACUUUAAGAGAAAGAAUUUGCCCUAAUUGAUCUGAUCUUAGUUAUCUGUGAUAAAGUGGGUGGGAUGUAUCAUCCAAGAUAUUUAGUUUUAGAACAGCCCUUUUUAAGUGAAGGAUGUUAAGUAUGUGUGAUGUUCCAAGCUUUCUUGAUUAUUCUAUUUAAUCUGUGUUUGAUGUCAGAGGAUGAAUUCCCAAACCAGCAGGUUGUACAAAAGUUUAGUAGGCUUCUAAUUUGUUGCACUGUAGAAUAAGUUAAUAGGUAAAGGGGUCAAAAACAAAAGGUCACUAUUUUAGGCUAUGUAAUUUGGCAUCAUUGCGAUAUUUGUUGGGAGAUUACGUAUUAAAGAUAGCGACCGUGGGGUAGUAAUGACCUCAUUAAAAUGGUUAUCAAGCUAAAUGGGAAGGAUAACUAAUAAUAAAUCAUGUUAAAAAUAAAAAAUGUUUUAUAACAUAAAUAAUUAUUACUGACUUAUCAAAUAUCAGUGUUUUUAAUUUGAGGAUAGGUUGCCAUGGGAUGGGUAACCACUUGUCUUUGACUUAGAUAGGCCUAUUACACUAAUCUUAUUAUAGUAUUAUAUAUUUAAAAAUUAACUAAAGUCACCAAAUUAUGCUGAGUUCAAUAGCACAAAAUAUUUUUUUUUGGCGGUGUGAAUGGGGUAUAAAUUUAAUAUCAAUGUCUCCAAACCCGAUUAAAUUACAUAUUUAUCUUUGGAAUGUAUUUGACUUAAAAAAAAGUAACCAUAUUCUUUAAAUAUACAGAAAAAUAUGUUGAACUAUUUUAUUAUGUAUAAAAUGGGUUAUCCUGGUGGUGUUUUUAUUAAUGGUUAUUACAAACUUAAUAAAAUAUUUUUGUGUGGGAGGGAUGGGGCUGAGAUUUUCAGAUUUUGCCCCAGGCUUCAUAAGAUAGACGACAGUAUUUUAUAACUAUAGCAAUAUCUCAAAGCCCAACUAUGUUGCACACAGGAAAUGGUAUAAAGAUAUUUUACAAAGUAAUGCAAUAAUGUGCUCAACCUUCUUCAGAUACCGGUAACACAUUUCAGGGCAAGGAAAGACAGUAUGUACAUUUCUAUGUGGAUAACUAUAACUUUAAAUCCAAUGAUGUUACAGUUGUUAAAAAUAAGUUCUAUAUUUUCUUUUAAAAUAAAUAAAUAUGCGUUAUACCAAUGAUGGAAAAUACAGUUCAGUGGUGUUGACGCAUUGUGGGGACAUUUACAUAAGUAUACCCAUUCCGUAAACACAAUGAAGUUAGAAAGAGGAAAAGGGAUACAAUUUUCUUUAAAAAUUAUGGACUCAAGAUUUUUUCCAAAGAGGAUAACUUUUUAAAUUUCUUGAAAAUACAGUUCAUGGGCGUAAAUAACAAUGGGUUAAGAUUUUCUGUGAAAAUAAGAAAAUAUUUGUUUUUCCUUUUUGUGCAAAAUACUGUGGAAAAGUGUGGGUAAAUUUUUAUGAGCUUAAUAGUAUUUCUUUAAAUAUUAAAGAUAUUUUUAUUUCAGUUCAAAAUCAUUAUUUACAUGUUGCUUUUUUUUUUACAGGUAACAUAUUGCAAUAGCAACUUGCUGACUUUACUGUUUUGGCUGGACUGUAAAUAAAGUCUUCAUCAAUGGUAAAAUAAAAUGUAUUACUCUUUAUGUAAACAAAAUAAUGUGUGAGUUAUUACACAAAAUAUUUUCAAAUAAGAUUAUUUGUAGGGAAAUCGGAGAUAUACUAAUUUUUUAAAGCAAGAAUAUCUAAACCCCCCCUCCCCUCCUCCAUUUUCUUAAUUUUUAAAUCCUUCAGAGGGCUAAUUGAUACACUUCCCAUCUACCUAUCGAGCUAAAACUUAGCACAUAGACUCGUUGUCAAUGACAACACAUUCUGUCAAGUUUUCAGCCCCACCCUCCUACCCCCAAAAAUCAGUCUUUCAAUUUUCAAGGGAAAGAUGAAGGAAAUACGAUGACAUGGAUGUCAUGAAAUAAAAUUCCCAAUAUCUGCGCUAAAUGAGAUUCUUUUAAAAUUAAUAUCGCAGAUUCGUUUGGACGUAAUAUUUUCUUUUUUUUUUCUCAAAUACUUGGUGAAAUAAAUAUGUGGUGUAAAAGCAGUUGGGUCAUUGGAAUAUUAAUAUAGUACAGUUUUGGGGGAGGGGGGGGGGGAGGGGGUGUUAUAAAAAUGUGCAGUUGUGAUCCUGGGGGGGAGCACUAAUUGGGAUUCUCAUAGAGUGAGUUAGUAUGUAUGUUUUUUUUUCUCAAAUACUUGGUGAAAUAAAUAUGUGGUGUAAAAGCAGUUGGGUCAUUGGAAUAUUAAUAUAGUACAGUUUUGGGGGAGGGGGGGGGGGAGUGGGUGUUAUAAAAAUGUGCAGUUGUGAUCCUGGGGGGGAGCACUAAUUGGGAUUCUCAUAGAGUGAGUUAGUAUGUAUGUUUUGUCACAUGUUCAGCCCCUUCCCCCUAUUGCUGGAUAUUACAUUUUAUAAAGGUUUUGUACGAAAAACGAUGUUUUUAGGGGUUGUUCAAUUUAACAUGCCUAAUGCUAUAGUAUCAUCUAAAAAUUGAACUAUAUGUUAGUUUGUUACUUAAGUGCAUUAAUUCAUAAAAUGCAUUAAUUCAUAAUCAGAGUUUUUUCACAUAUAUUUAAGGGUGAGGAGGAGGAGGAUAAGGGAUGAUACUUAAGGUAGUUGUUUCCAGCUCCUAGAUAUUUAUGAAAAUAUAAGGUGAUCGCUUGGUGGCUGGGUGGCCGAAUGGUCUCCAUGAAGCUGGUGGUCUGGAGUUCAAUCCCCACCAAAGCCAAGACAACCAAAAAAUAUCCCAAGCACACCGGGUGGAUAGGACUCGUAAGCCUUGAAUGGCAACUCAUCUAAGAGAAGGCAACUCUGAAUUCAAACCAGGUGCUAGAAUGAUCACUAAAUUGAUCGUGGGCCCUCAAAUAUAGGAAGAAUUUUUUUUUCUUUUUUUAAAUUGUGAUAUUUUAUUUCAUACACUAAUUACUAUGUAGGCCAAUACUCUAGUUAAAUAAAUUUUACUUUGCCCGUUUCAAAUAAUAGAAUGAUGUUUAAUAUUUCAGUCAGCGUAAAAGCUCAUUAUGACUAAAAAUAAUUUGACUUUAAACAAAUAGUAAAGCACUAAAGAUAUUUGUGGGGCCUAGAGGUAGAAUAAUGGGGGGGGGGGGGCGGGGCGGCAGGGUGUUUAAUAUUAUGGGGUUUCCAAAAGAAAGGGGAAUACGAAUAAGUGCUUCUUACCGACAUAAUAAACAAGCCACAAUACCAAGUUCAAUGUACCCAUGAUUGCUGCCUCCAUUUUAUAUUUCUCUUAAUUUACUACGACUUUUGGCAUUGCUUUGCACCGUUUUGAGAAUCGUCUUGUCUGGUUGUUAAGAAUUUUAGAAAUGGCAAGUAUGGGGUUUGCUUUAGUUAAAGAAUGUCAAAUCGACGUUAUCGCUUUGUCGGAUGAUGGUCAACAUUUGCAUUACAUUUACUGACUACAUUAACUGAGAAAUGUCUGUUUUUUAAGAAUUUUAGUAGUAUCAAAAGAAAAUUAUCGGGUUUAGUUAAUGAAUGUCAACUUGACGGUAAGAAUUUGCUGGAUGAUGUCAACAUUUUUAUUUUACAUUUACUUUAAAUUCACGGGGAUAAAUUAACUAUGUAAUCUAAGUGUCAAUCAAAUGCUGCACUAGAAUUAGUUUUAUGGAUAAUGAAUUUAAACACGUUAUUGCUGUUACUUGUAGAUGAUCACUCUCAAAAUGAAGCAAGCUAAGAAAAAUCAAGAGCAGACGGAAGCUGGGACAAAACGGUUAUCCAUCAGAGAUAAACUGUUAAUCAAAGGUGAGAUUUAUUGUUGUUGUUGUUCGUCCGUCGAAAUCGACUAGGAUCAUCGAGUCAUGUGGGUUAAGGUGAGCUCGUAGGUGGUUUGCCAGUUCAAUCCAUGCUGGGAAUACUCUCUGGCAUCUCGGGCAGGGGAUAGUUGCUGCAGUCGGUGAUCUACUGUUGAUCUUUCGGGCCAGCCUACAUGUCUCAGCUGUGGUUAUCCUACUGGUUUCAUGAGAUUUAGCGCCCUUCUUGACAACUGUUCUCCACCUGGUUUUGUCCUGGGCUGCCUGCACCCAUUUAGUAGGGUUGAUGCUGAAGGCCUUUAGUGCAGCUUUCAGUGAGAUCGAUAGCCUUACAAGGACAAAAACGGAAAUAUUAAUCUUGUAUUAAUUAAUGCCUCAAUGGGGCAAUGGAGUCUUAUCCCGAUUAAACAAAAAUUUAUUAUAAAAAUAUUCCUUAAAAAAUUUUGAUGUGAGUUUGUGUAAAGCAGAAUUCGUUUUAGUUGUUUGGGAUAGGCAUUGUUUAAACAAUUUUGCUUGAGACUUUUGAAAGAAGAUUGAAGAAUCCUCAGUGAUCUUCUGAAACAGAAAUGGACAUUGUUAUUUUAAAUGAUUUAUUGUUGAAUAAAAGCAGUCUCAAACUGGUGGUCUGCAUGGGUGGCUUCUCCUGCAGUCUGAAACUGGUGGUCUGCAUGGGUUGCUUCUCCUGCAGUCUGAAACUGGUGGUCUGCAUGGGUUGCUUCUCCUGCAGUCUGAACCUGGUGAUCUGCAUGGGUUGCUUCUUCUGCAGUCUGGAACUGGUGGUCUGCAUGGGUGGCUUGUCCUGCAGUCUGAAACUGGUGGUCUGCAUGGGUGGCUUCUCCUGCAGUCUGAAAAUGGUGGUCUGCAUGGGUGGCAUCUUUGGGUUGCUUCUUCUGCAGUCUGGAACUGGUGGUCUGCAUGGGUGGCUUGUCCUGCAGUCUGAAACUGGUGGUCUGCAUGGGUGGCUUCUCCUGCAGUCUGAAACUGGUGGUCUGCAUGGGUGGCUUCUCCUGUAGUCUGAAACUGGUGGUCUGCAUGGGUGGGUUCUCCUGCAGUCUGAAACUGGUGGUCUGCAUGGGUGGCUUCUCCUGCAGUCUGAAACUAGAUAUUGUAGUUAAACACCAUGCUUUAUUAGGAUAAUACAGAUAGGAUCAUGUUUGCCCCAUCAUGGGUGGCGGGGGAGGUCAUGGUGAUCUGCAGUAGGAAAUCCACUCGUUACUCCAUAAGAUCAAAUUAAUGGGAGCUAUUCCUUAGGCGUUCCUGGGGUAACCGGAUCGUUCGCGGCUAGGGCGAAACAUCCCUGGGGAGCUGCCUCGCAGCACCUUCCCUCUUUAAAAGGAGUGGAGCACCCAGGAGAUGGAGUACCCAGGAGAUGGAGUACCCAGGAGAUGGAGUACCCAGGAGAUGGAGUACCCAGGAGAUGGAGUACCCAGAGGUGGGGGUCCAUAAGAGCUUCGGCUAGUGUUGCUGAUUGAUUCCAUGUAUAAGAUAUUCAUUAGGAUAAUACCAAGCUUUGUUACAUCCCUUGGGGCCAUUGAAUCAUGCUCAUUCUGCCCUUUAUUUUAGUUUGACACAUCAAUUUAAAACAUUGUCAAUAAAUAUGGAUGACAUUUUAGAGAUAAUUUUUCCUCUCUGAAAUGGUUUAGAAUUGUAAUGAUGGGGCAUUAGCUUGCCAAGAGAAUUUACAGAGGAUAAAUUACUUAACAAAAUUUAAUUAUUUGUUUUGUAGAAGUCCAGGAGAUGGAGGAAAACCUGCCCACUACCUGUGAAGUGACCUUUAAUGACCCCAGCUGUCUACACCAGUUUUCAUUGACUGUCACACCAGAUACAGGAUUUUGGCAGGGAGGAAGAUUUCGAUUCUCAGUGUCUGUGCCUGAUGAAUAUAAUAUUGUGGUAUGGAAAAUAGGCUGUAAUAAGGGAAUUGAUGUUCAGAGCUGGAAAUAUUUUAACCCUAUAAACUAAGUUGUUACUACUAAUUAGAUAAUCUAGGUAUUGAAAACUGUUGGUCAAGUAAUGUCACCAUGGGUCAAGGACACUUCUUACUUUCUGAAACAACACCAACAUCCCACAUGAUCCAUACAGCCCUUAUACCCCAUACAGCCAUAGCAAGACCAUCACUUCAUUGACUAUUAAAACUGUGAUGUCAAAUAAACCUCACUGACACUCUUGAAAUCACUGCAAGUUAAUUUUGUGUCUGAAUUCAACAAAAUCUUUCUCCCAAAGCCUCCUAAAGUUGUCUGCAACACAAAGCUCUAUCAUCCCAACAUCACUGAGGUCGGUGAAGUGUGUCUAAGUCUGCUGCGACAAAGCUCAUAUGACAGCAUGGGUAAUUAAUUCUUACAGUUCAUUCAUGUAUAUUAACUAUUACUUUUCCUUAUAAUUUAUAUACACAAUUAUUAAAAGUAAACUUAGAAAAUAAAACAGUAAUAAAAAAAAACAACUGUUUAUAUUACAGUAAAAUAUGACCUAUUGUGCAUUGAAAGUCAACGUUGGAGGAACUAUGAGAAAAGUUAUUUCAGUACAAAUAAGCUUAUAAGCCACCGGUGGGCAAACCCUGUUUUGAAUGGCUCGUGCUCCCUUUAAAAUAAUAAAAAUAAAUACCGGUAAAUAAAAACUCAUAAAAUGUAUGAGAAAAAAAAAAUUGUAAUUUAAAUUUUUGAUUGCAUAUGUCACUCCUAUAUAGGUUUUUCUAGGGGAUCGACAUUUUCUUCUUGUUGUGGAGUUACGUUUUUCAGGAUGUUCAGUGAGGUUGAAAUUUUUGUGAUGAACACUAACAAUUAUUUCUGUCUUUUAUUGAUUGAGUACUGGUGCAUUCUAUUUUUUUUUUUGGACAAUAAAUUAUUCAAUUGUACUGGAAUUUUUACAGAAUAUAAUUAAUUGAUAUUAUUUAUAUACGCAAAAUAUAGUAAAUCACUCCCUAUAAUAAUGGUGAACCCCCCCGUUUUUUUUUUCCCCACCAUUUAUGGCUCCCGUGCCCCUGUUACCUCUUGAAUAUGGCUUGCAGCUACAAAAGUGUCCCCAACCCUGGUAUUAGCUAUCUCUCAAAUAAACAGAUGAAAAUAACAAUUUUCUCAGAUUCUUUGAACUCUUUCAAUGGCAAAAGAUAUUUUAAUUUUUGUUGGUAAAUGAUAUGAGAAAUUUAGUGCCAAUUUUUGCAGAUUAGACAAGCAUUAAAGGAGACCUUAUAAUCUGUAUUAUUAAGCUGAAAGUCAGGACGAGCUAUAAUUUUUUUAAUUUUAUGGAAGUUCUAGGUGAGCAGAACUGUUGCAGUAGUUUUUUUUACACUUUAUCACUGGUUCUCUUUUCAUUUUCUGGCAGCAACCCUUAAUCUAUAGUUUAUAAGGUCAAUUCAACUUGUUCUUUGCUUAAAAGACCCUUUUAUUUCUUUAUAUUUCUCUCAUUUCUACUAUAUUCAAAAUACUAAUGAGGAAUAUAUAGUUUAAUGUGUUUCGAAAAGUGAUAUGCUAAUUUGAAGAGUGAUAAUCAGAUAUCGGGCAGCCUCAUGGUUCCAGUGAUGCUAGAGAGGACGGAAUUUACCAUGGGCAUCAUGGUAUGGCUUAAAGUGCACUUUAAGAGGGGACAGCACUAUUGCAAGAAAACUGAUAAGUAAAACAAUCACUGGCACUAGAGCCUGAUCAGACAGGUCAGAACUGAGAAUUGUCGAACCCACAGCUAUUCCAUAGAUUACACCACAGUAGAGAUCCACUGCCACUGUUCACAAAUCACUGGCACUAGAGCCUGAUCAGACAGGUCAGAAGUGAGUACUGUUGAACCCACAGCUAUUCCAUAGAUUACACCUCAGUAGAGAUCUACUGCCAUUGUUCACAAAGCGCUGGAGCCAGAUAAGACCAGGAGACAAAAGACAUUUAAAGAUUAUUAUGUAAAAGCAAGAAAAUGAUUGAUAAAUAAAAUGAGGUGGAUUACCGUUUCAGAUAAGGAUUGUUUGUAAAGAUAAAUAGAUACUGUCGAUUGAACUUUGGAUUGUAAGUAAAUAAACUACAUGAAGAUUUUUUGUGUAUACUUUUGAAAUGUUAUUCAAAUAAAUAUUUUUCUGUUUUUUUUUAAAUUUUCAGGCUGGGCGCCUACACGUAAACUAAAGGAUGUCAUAUGGGGUCUAAACUCAUUAUUUACAGUAUGUUAUUUUUUUUCUUUUUGUUCAAUAUUUACUUCAUCUUUUGAAUACCCUAGCGCUAAAAUUACUUCUAAGUCAAUUUUUGAUUGAAAUCAAUCUAAACUGUGACCUUUUCUUACCCAGUUUAGCCAAGUGUACUGCAUAAAUUAGAACAUAUUAAUAUAUAUCUAAGUCCCUUAUUUAAACAAGCCGAAAAAAAGAAAGAUCAAAAUCAAAGGCAUAAAGAAAAAGAAUAAUAUUUAAACUGGAAUAUCUCAAAAUAUGUGUAUGGGUAUUUUUGUGACAUAAGUACUUUUAGCACUACAGACUUCAAUUGUUCUGCCAGUCAAGUAGUUACAUACUAUGUUAUUAAAAAUUUUCUUCUUCUUUCCAUAAUGUUGGAUGACAAUGAUUGUACAUUGAUAACAAAUAUGAGAAAACUUGUUAGUGGUAAUGAAGAACAUGAACAUUUAAAUGAUCUGAGUACGCUUAUUCCAUGUUGGAAUAAUACUAUAAAAAGACAUGAAAAUAAAUUAUAACCAAUGCCAGUCAUGGUUGACUGCUGAUCAAACUGUAUGACCCCCAGACACCACCUUGGCAUUUUUUAUGACUCAGGCGCAUGCAGAUAUUUUUAAAACAAAGCUCAAAUUAAAUAAACUAAUGAGAGAAGAGAUGUGAACUUUUUAAAGCAUUCAAAAAUCAAGUGAUUCUUUAAAUUUCCUACUGCACAAUUCUUUGGGAAUAAUUCUUUUAUAUUGAUAUUAGGACCAUCUAGCUCAGGGGUUCUCAACCUUCCUAAUAUUGCGGCCCUUUAAUACAGUCCCUCAAGUUGUGGCGACCCCCAACCACAUUCAUUGCUACAUCAUAACUGUAGAGUAUAUGUGUUUUCUGAUGGUCUUAGGCGACCCCUGUGAAAGGGUCAUUCAAACACAAAAGGGGACGUGACCCACAAGUUGUGUACCGCUGAUCUACUUGGAUAAAUAAAGUAUCUAUUAUUUUAUAUCAGGGCUACGAAGUUGGAGAAAAAAAUUAUUUAUUAUUGAUCAUUAAAUAAAAUAAUCUAUUAUUGAUUAUUUAUUGAUACCAUGACUAUGGAUUUUGACUUACGAAUUGUUACUGCUUUCAGGAUCUCUUGAAUUUUGAUGACCCACUUAAUGUAGAGGCAGCUGAGCAUUAUGCCAGGGACAAGGUCAGAUUUCACUGCCCAAUAGUGUUUUAAUGGGAACAUUUUGGAAAAAGUGCCCAUAGCACUCUGCUCUAAAAAUUUUUUUUAAAAAAUGUUUGAUGUCAAUUUUCAAAAACUGUUUUUUUCAAAACAUGUUAAAAUUGGUGACUUGAGCAUUACCAAUUUGUUAAAAUUGGUGACUUGAGCAUUACCAAUUUCUUAAAGCUAUAAGUUGUCAGUCACUUUAUUCAUCAAUUACUGUUAAACUUUACAACAGUUGAAAUAUGUUCAUUUAAAAAAAAAUAAAUAAUAAAUAAGCAUUAUCAUAGCUUUUAUUGAUAAAACAAAUUCCCUUUGCAACUAGUUUGUAAUUAGUUCUUCUUGUGUUUAUUAUCUUCAUUCCAGGAAUCAUUCAAGGUCAAGGUGAAAGAAUUCGUCCAGCUCCAUGCCAAAAGAUGAUACUUGAUUUCAUUGUUUAAUAUGUACAUUCUGAAUAACAUUUUUUUUUUCUGUCUACAAAUGCAAAAAUGGUGCCUGUGGCUUGAAAUCUACCGAUUACAUGUGAAAGUAAAAGUAUUUCCUUUUUUCUUAGCUCAACUCCUUAAAAUAAUAUUAGUGAGACUCAUGUGUAAGAUUUUUUAAUAAGCUUUUGUUUUAAACCAUGUUUUUUUUUUUUUUUGCAAUUGUGAAAUAAAUAUUCAUAAUAAUAAUAUGAAUAUUUUUUUUUUUUUUAAUUUUUUUUUUCAUUUUUUGAUUAGAUUGGCUAAAAAUUUUUUUAAUAAGCUUUUGUUUUAAACCUUUUUUUUUUUUUUUUUUGCAAUUGUGAAAUAAAUAUUCAUAAUAAUAAUAUGAAUAUUUUUUUUUUGUAUAAUGUGUUGUUUCAUUAUUUGACUAGAUUGGCUAAAAAAUAAAAUUGAUAACUGUAUAAAAUAUUGGAACAUUUUAAAAACUUAAUUUCGUU